AUGAUUAUCACUCGUAGUCAAAGUUCGGUUGUUGCAUCAACAGCAGCAGCAGCUUUCCAGUCUACAUGUAAAAUAAACAAACAACCAGAAUCAUCAACGCGUAGUCGUUCAGUUAAUAAAGCAUCAAAAAGAGCACCAUCUCCUUCAUCUCCUAAUCCUAUUCAUCGAUCUCGUUCAAAAUUAUCUAAGAAAAGCAUAAGUAAUAAUAAUGCCAGUGCUACUAUAUCAUUUACAUAA